AUGACUAAUAUAUGUUUCCCUUUAUGGAUUAAUUUACUUACCUCCUUGUCUCUCCUCUCACUCUUCACUCUCUUUUUCUCUCUCUUUCUCUCUCAAUCUUUCUCUCUCACUCUUUCUAUCUCUUUUUCUCUUUCUCUCUCUCUUUUCUCUCCUUUCUUUUCCUCUCUUUAUCUCUCACUCCCUCUUUCUCCUUCUCUUUCUCACUCACUUUCUCUCUCACUCUCUCUCUCUCUUUCUCUCUCCUCUCUCUCUUUUCUCUCCUUAUCCCUUUUCUCCCUCUCUCUUUCUCUCACACCUCCCCUCUCUUUAUCUCUCACUCUCUCUUUCUCUCUCUCUUUCUCCCUGUCUUUCUCUCUCUUUAUCUCUCUCUAUAUUUCUCUCUCACUUUCUCUGCUUUCUCUCUUUCUCUCUCUUUUUCUCUUUCUCCAUCUCUUUCUCUCUCUCUCUCUCUCUUAA